GCGGCGCAGGGCGGUUUUAGUCACUCCCACCUGUGUCGGUAUCGCACGACCACGUGGUAUCCGCGCCCCGGUUUACCUCAGUCUGUUGACGACGGCACCUCUCUACUGUCGUCAUCACCGUCGUCGGCGAAGACGCCUCCACCACCACCGCUACCACCAUCACCAACAUCGUUAUCAUCACCCACCCGCGCUCUCAGUGUCAAACAGACGACGCGUCUGUUGAUGACGAGUGUCUGUCACGCGAGAAGUUCGAGAGGAGAGAUCUCCCUUCGCGAUCAGCGUUUUUAUUAAUUGAUAUCACGCCCAUCAAGAUACCCUGUAAUCUUUCGAGAGGUUUUUCGCGUCGGUGUUUUUCGUCUUCUUCUUUCGCAUAUUAAUCAACUGUCAUUUGCUCGACGUCACGUGCCAUUAGCGAAAACUCGCGAUACGACUCGGAAUCGACACGACCCCGUUGUCGUCCUCGUCGCCGAGGAGGCCCGACCCUCGAAAUACGAGGGCAUCGCCCGCAAAGAGAGAAGGUGACAGACCUUCUGGCCUACUCGAGGAUGCCACCGUCUCCUCAUCGUCGACGACGACGUGGAUGUAUACGCUUCUCGAUGAGGGGGGUCUACUAUCAGACAGCGGAAGCGGUGGCAUCAUCGAGAAUGACAAUACGACGGUGGUGGCCGCAGGCGAUGGCGCCUGCGUGAACGAUCGCAUUCUCCAUUAUCAUCCUCAGCACCCUCAGCAGCAUCCCCAUCAACAGCAGCAUUCGCCGACGGAGCCGGAGCUGCACGAUCUCUUGCAAUUUCGCGGGACCACGACUGGGUCGGGACGGGAGGAGAUGGUGGCCCAGGAAAUGGCACAGGGAUACACGCAGCUCCUGCAUUCGGCGACGAUUCAGGAACCGCAGGAGUUCAUCUCGCUGCAGGAGUUACAGCCGCGCAUUCAUCAUCAGGAUACCUGUGCGCAAAUCGUCUCGUCCUCCACCUCUCAGCUCUAUCAUCAGCAGCGACAGCAACGGAACGACGAUCAACAGCCACGGAAUUAUUAUAAUCUCUCGUCCGUGCAGGAAAGUUCGUGCUCCACGGUUUAUUUCGGCGAGAUAAACACGGGUUCCGGGGUGGGAGAGCUAACCACCGCCUCGGCGGGGGGUGGUGGCGAAGGUCUCGCCCCGACUCCAACCCCCGCCAACAGCAGCAGCAGCAACAGCAGUGGCAGUAGCGUCAGUACCACCACCACCACCACCCCCAACAGCCUGAGCACCGCUACAACUACCACUACCACUUCCACUACCAGCAUCCUGCAGGUUGCAACGGGGGCUGAACCGCCCCGGCACAUGGAGACACCCCCGACGAUGGUCCCCGACCAGCAGGCACCCGCCUCCGGCCAUUACUAUCACCAGCAUCAUCACCAUCAUCAUCAUCAUCAUCACCGGCAUCACCAUAGUACGUCCACGACUAGCCAUCAACCGACCACCAACACCUCGGAUGAAUUUGCGCCGAUCUCUAGGAAGCGGAAACUUUCUUGCCACGCUGGAAGCGAUCUCCUGGACGAUCUGGGAGACGACGCCAAAUCUGUUCGCACAAAUGAUGAUAGUAAAAAGCAGAACCACAGUGAAAUUGAAAAACGCAGGAGAGACAAGAUGAACACGUACAUCACCGAGCUGUCAGCGAUGGUGCCAAUGUGUCACGCGAUGUCUCGAAAGCUGGAUAAGUUGACCGUGCUGCGAAUGGCGGUGCAGCACCUCAAAACCAUUCUCGGUGCGGUUACCUCAUACACGGAGGGUCACUACAAACCUGCGUUUCUCAGCGAUCAGGAACUCAAAACGCUCAUACUUCAAGUCGCGGAGGGCUUUGUCUUCGUAGUGGGCUGCGAUCGUGGAAGAAUCCUCUACGUUUCCGAAUCCGUCUCGCAGACCCUCAAUUAUUCUCAGAGUGACUUGUUGGGUCAAAGCUGGUUCGACAUUCUACAUCCGAAGGAUGUCGCCAAGGUAAAGGAGCAGCUUUCAUCUUCCGAUCUCAGUCCGAGGGAGCGAUUAAUCGAUGCAAAAACGAUGUUACCGGUGAAAACUGAUGUGCCCCAGGGCGUAUCACGACUUUGUCCUGGCGCGCGAAGAUCCUUCUUCUGUCGGAUGAAACGUAAAGUCGAUGGAGUCCGUUGUGGCGAGAUGCAAGUGAAAGAGGAAGUCGACACUACCACUGGCUGUCACAGGCGGAAAAAGCAACAAAACGUAGAUCGGAAAUAUUGCGUGAUUCAAUGCACGGGUUAUCUAAAAUCUUGGGCGCCCGCGAAAAUCGGUCUCGAAGAGCAGGAGGGCGAGAUCGACGGUGAAAUUUGCAAUUUGUCCUGCCUGGUCGCGGUCGGUCGGGUCCAAAUGGCGAUAUCGACGACUGCAUUGCCGUCGAGGAAGCCUCAUUUGAGACCCAUACAGUUCAUCUCACGACACGCGAUGGAUGGCAAAUUUCUGUUCGUGGACCAAAGAGCUACUCCAGUAUUGGGAUUUCUACCUCAGGAACUGCUGGGCACUAGUAUGUACGAAUACUAUCAUCAUAACGAUAUUCCUCAUCUAGCAGAGUCUCACAAAGCCGCGUUGCAGACCUCUGAGCGUGUUACCACGCAGUUCUACAGGUUCAGAAGUAAAGAUGCGAAUUUUGUCAGACUGCAAUCCGAGUGGAAAUCUUUCAGAAAUCCAUGGACCAAAGAUAUCGAAUAUUUAAUCGCCAAGAAUUCUGCUAUCUUUUGCGAUACGCGUCCGAUUGGAAAUAAUGGAUCCGGGAAUUCGAGCGUGCAGGACAACUACGAUUAUUUCACGCAGAGUAAUGGUGGAUUAGAGAGAUUGAUCUCGAGCCACGUGGAGGUAAGUAAAAUCGGUCGGCAGAUAGCGGAAGAGGUACUGGACCUACAAAGACGCGGGGAAGACUCUUCCUCGGGUAGUAGUCCUGGUCCAGCUGCGACAGAGCCCGCUUUAUUAAAUGCAGAGUCGCAAAUCACGACGACGGCAUCGCCGGAGAGGGUAUCCGACGUGUCCCAGCCAGGCGGUAUUGGCAACGACAAUUGCAGCAGCAAUCCUACGUCAACGUUCAACCACGUAGCGAACAACGUGCAGCUCAACAGCAUCGCGAAUGACCAAGGAGCGUCACCAGACGAGGACAUGAUGGACAUGAUUGGUGGCACCACGAUUAAUGAAUCGCCAAAUCCGAUCCCGUCUGACGGCAACGACGAGGCAGCGAUGGCAGUCAUUAUGAGUCUGCUAGAGGCAGACGCGGGCCUAGGUGGUCCAGUGGACUUUUCCGGAUUGCCCUGGCCGUUACCAUAGUGUUGUGUGCAUAAUACGUAUAAUGAGAUGCAUCUUGGUUGAACAAAAUGUUCGAAACGAGACUUGGUGCUAAAAAAUGGUGCUUGUAAUAAGAACUAUAAAUUAAAUUAAACAAACUGUGUAGUUUCUAAACGGAAUUAUCGCGACCGACUCAAUUAACGACAUUCUUUCAAUGAAGAAAAAAUAAUCGUGGAUUCAUACAAUUAUGUUUAUAGCUAUCUUUCGUCGUAAAUUUUUUUGCAAAAGGAAUGUUCGUACAGCGAGGUAAUUUGUGGUAGUAAGCAAGGGCGAAUACUGAGAUGAAACUCCACAUCAAAAAGUAUAUAAUGGUGAUAAUAGUGCAGACAAUAUCGUGCGAAUAAUAAUUACUUUAGUGACAAAUUGACAUUAUACGUAUAAAUACGUAUUAUAGGCACGUGUGUACAUACGCGUAUAAUAUAACGUUUGAAUGUACCUAAUUAAAUUGUAAGAAUAUAUAUGUAUAUCUGUUCGGAAGAAUAUCUCUCUGUUCUGAAGAGGCUUUUAUUUCACCGAAUGAAAUGCGCGCAAUUUUUUAAGCAGUUCUUUCCAAAAAUUUGGAAAAUAUUGACCACCAGAAUAUGAGAUUCGCCGAGAUAUGUGCGCGCGUCGCGGUUGCUCGCGCUUAGUUAAUGCGACGUGUUAUUGUAAAAAUAAAUAUGAACAUUUAUACUUUGAUAUAUAUGCAUUUAUAUGAUUUAUGUGCACAAAUAAUAGAUUGGAAAAUUAUAAAAGAUAUUGUUUUGUAACGUGGAGAAAUGAGCAAUGCUCAUCGCGCAAGCAAUCGCUUGUUAUUUUCGACAUUCUUUGUUUUAUGUUGUUAUAUUAGAAUGAUGCCGAAAAUAUUGAUGUGUGAACUGAACAAAGAUCACUGUUUAAUAGAUCGUAGUUAAGUUUCAUACUUUUCCAUUGUUUUGUUACUGAAAAAGAAGAUAGGAACAGCAAUUAGCUUCUCAAAGUUUGUGAUUUUUAUUAAACUAUAUAUAAUAUUUUUCUCUCGAGUAAUAUAAUGUUGACUAUCAAUGAAAGAAAUGGAAGGAUAAAAUACAAUCAUGAAGUACAAACAAUCUCGAAAAUAAAACUUAAACUCAAUGAAUGUAUAGGAUAAGAAAUUUUUUUAUUCGUUAUGCAAAUCGUUUUCCAGAUUUUAGGGCUAGAAACGCAAUAUCUGUCGGAAAAUUUAAUUUAUAUUUAUAACAUUAAUCUCCUGAGGAAUAAAGUAUAAGCUUCUAAUGCCUCAAUUUUAUUUUAUUUUGCCAUGACGUAUGAAUUUCAAAUCAACAAGUAUAUCAUAAUGAUACAUUUAUAAAAAAACGCGAAUGUGUGUGUUAAGGUAAUAUAAGAAUUCUAAUGUAAAUAAUAUAACAUUCUGCUGUAAUUUAUUGUCCAACAUUAAAAAAAGAUAAAUAUUUACAUCUUGA